UCGGCUCAAACAUGGCUGCGCAGGAGGCCCUGUUGCUUUGGGCGCCGGGAGCAGGUGAGAGGUACUCUACGGAUGAGAACACUGAGAAUGUGUUUGGCGUAACUCAUCUCUUUCUAUCUCUCUGCACUCUGUGCUGGGAAAAUGAAUCAUCCAUUUGGAGAAGAGGAAGCCACUUCCCAGAAACAGCUUUUUGGAUUUUUCUGCGAGUGCCUGCGGAGGGGAGAAUGGGAGUUAGCACAGGCAUGUGUACCUCAGCUACACCAGGGACAAGGGGAUAUCCCAAGGAGGGUAGAAGACAUACUUCAGGCGCUGGUGGUGUGUCCACAUCUGCUGAGAUGUGGUCAGGACAUCAGCCCUCAAAGAUUAGCCUGGCUCUGGCUUCUUAUACUGGAAAAAUGGUUGACCCAGGAAAAGAAGUUACUCCCAACUGUUUUCCGGAGAAGGCUUGAGUUCCUUUUAUUGUUAGAAGACCUCCAAGGUGACAUUCCAGAGAACAUCCUCAAGGAGCUGUAUGAGACCUUAGCACAAGGCGCAGUAGGCCCUGUACCUGAUGGAGCUCAGAGGAGGGAGAGCUGGACCCCGAGGCUCAGCCCCGAGGCUGCCUCUCUACUCUGGGAGCUUCUGAGGCAGUCUCCCGAACCAGCACAGGCCCUGUUGGAGCUCCUGCUUGUGGAGGAUGACAGCACCACCCUCUGUCACUGGCCUCUGCAGAACGCGCUGGUGGACCUCAUUCGGAAGGCACUGCAAACUCUACAGGGCCCUGAGUCAGGAUCCCCUGGGGUCGUGGAUGCCAUCUAUGCAGCCCUGCGGACCCUGCGUUGCCCUGCAGAGCCGCUUGGGGAGGAGUUGCAGCUCCUGUGUGAGGAGCUGCUGCAAACCUGCAGGACCGAGGGGAGUCCUCUGCAGGAGGAGCGGCUGCUCGGCUGCCUGCUGCACAAGGCUGGGCGGGGCCUGGUGUCCCUCUACGGCCACACCUAUGCAGAGAAGGUCACAGAAAAGCCACUGAGAGUCAUGACCUCAGGAAAAGUCUCACCGGAUCAUCUAGAUCCCGAGCGGGCAAUGCUAGCCCUGUUCUCCAAUCCUGACCCAACCCAGGCAUGGAAAGUGGCCUAUUUCUACUGCCUGAACAGCAACAAGCACUUUCUUGAGCAGAUCCUGGUAACAGCACUAACACUGUUGAAAGAAGAAGACUUCCCAAGUCUCGGCUCCCUGCUGGAUAGAGAAUUUAGGCCUCUCAGUCGCCUGCUCGUGCUCCUGGGCUGGACACACUGCCAGAGCCUAGAGUCAGCCAAGAGGCUGCUCCAGACACUACACAGGAUCCAGGAUCCAGGCUGUGACGAGCUUCUCAGGGAUGCCUGUGAGGGGUUGUGGGCUCACCUGGAGGUCCUGGAGUGGUGCACACAGCAGAGCAGCAACCCCAUACCAAAGCGAGAUCUCUUGUGUCAUUUACAUGGUGGAGACAGCCACUCAGUGCUCUACACUCUCCAUCACCUUACAAACCUUCCAGCCCUCAGGGAGGAAGAUGUUCUCAAGCUCUUACAGAAGAUGCCGGCCAAGGACCUGCAGCAAGAGCGUGAUUUGUUUGACGCUCUAGUCCCUGAGCACCUGAACCGGUAUCAGAACCUGAUACUCUACCAGGCCUUCUGUGCCAUGAAGUAUGCCAUCUACGCCCUCUGUGUGAACUCACACCGGCACUCCCAGUGCCCGCACUGCAAGGAUAGCCCCUCUGAAGACCCAGCCUCAGCUGCGGAGCCAGCAAAUGACUCUGUCACCUCCCCAGGUGCUGCAGAUCUCUUCUCAACUUACCUGGCCAGGUGUCGACAGUAUCUGUGCAGUGUUCCCGACUCUUUGUGCCUGGAACUUCUAGAAAACAUCUUCUCAUUGCUUCUCAUCACCUCUGCGGACCUUCACCCAGAGCCUCACCUGCCUGAGGACUAUGCUGAGGAUGAUGACAUUGAGGGGAAGGGCCCCUUGGGCUUGAGUUCCCCAGCAGAGAGCCCUCAGCACAUAGUACAGCCUGAGAGGAAGUCAGAGCAGGGCUCCCUGGGAGCCCCCAGGAGCCCUGCUUAUACAGCGCCAAGCUGUCUGAAGGCAGAACCAAAAGACAGUUACCCAGGGCCUCAUGGGCACAGCUUUUUGGACCUAAAGCACUUUACUGGUGGUAUCAGUGGAUUUCUGGCUGAUGAAUUUGCAAUAGGGGCCUUCCUUGGGCUUCUCCAAGAGCAGCUGGAUGAGCUCAGCAGCCACGACCCCCCUGAGAAGCCAAAGCAAGAAGACCAGAGCUGCUCAGGAAGCAGAGACAGACUGCAGAGCCGCCUACACCGGUUCUCCAAGGUUCUCUCUGAGGCACAGUGGAGAUACAAGGUGGUGACCAGCAACCAGGACUCAGAGGAGCAGCCUUCCCGAAGACACCGGCCUGUUGCCACACGGCACCCCAGUCUCCACCGGGGCCAUCGGACAAGAAGGAGCCGGGCGGAUGGCCGGGACAGAAAUUCUAACCCAUCCCUGGAGAGUACAAGUAGUGAACUGAGCACAAGUACUUCAGAAGGAAGUCUGAGCGCUGUGUCUGGGCGGAAUGAGCUGGAUGGCCAUUUGCAGCCCCAACCUCAAAGUUCACUCAUCCCCAUGAUGUUCUCCCCACCUGAGUCACUGCUGGCAUCCUGCAUCCUCCGUGGAAACUUUGCAGAAGCCCAUCAGGUGGUGUUCAUGUUCAACCUGAAAUCCUCACCCAGCUCAGGGGAACUGAUGUUUGUGGAGCGCUACCAGGAGGUGAUCCAGGAGCUGGCCCAAGUAGAGCACAAGAUUGAAAACCAGAACCCAGAUGGGGGCAGCAACACCAUUCGGAGAACUGGUAGCGGCCGCUCAACCCUGCAGGCCAUUGGCAGCGCUGCAGCAGCAGGAAUGGUAUUUUAUUCCAUCUCUGAUGUGACCGACAAGCUGCUCAGCACCUCUGGAGACCCCAUCUCCACGCUCCAGGAGGACUUCUGGAUAAGCACUUCUCUGGUGGAGCCUACUGCCCCCCUGAGAGAGGUUCUGGAAGACCUCAGUCCCCCCGCCAUGGCUGCAUUUGACCUAGCUUGCUGUCAUUGCCAACUCUGGAAAACCUGCAAGCAGCUCUUGGAGACAGCCGAGCGGCGUCUGAACAGCAGCCUUGAGAGCCGGGGUCGAAGGUUAGAACAUGUGCUUCUCAAUGCUGAUGGCAUUCGAGGUUUUCCAGCUGUUCUUCAGCAAAUCAGUAAGAUUCUCAACUAUCCAUUUAUGUCAGCCGGACAAACCAAACUGGAGAGUAUGGAAGACAAGGGAGGAGGCCCUCCCCGGUGCAGUAUCACGGAGCUGCUACAGACGUGCUGGCCCAACCUGACGGAGGACUGUGUCACCAGCCACACCACCCUCUCCCAGCAGCUAGAUCAGGCCCUUCAGUCGCUGAGAGAGGCACUAGAGCUGCCAGAGCCCAGGAGUCCUCCCCUCUCUUCUCUGGUGGAGCAGGCAGCCCAGAAAGCUCCUGAGGCAGAGACCCACCCUGUGCACACCCAGACUCAGCUCCUCCAGAAGAACCUGGGCAAACAGAGCCCCACAGGUGGCAGACAGACUGACUAUGUGGGCACCUUCUUCAGCUACUGCAGCACUCUGGCUGCAGUUCUCCUUCGAAGUCUGAGCUCCGAGCCUGAUCACGUGGAGGUCAAGGUAGGAAAUCCCUUUGUUCUGCUGCAACAGAGCUCUUCCCAACUGGUGUCCCACCUCCUGCUUGAGAGACAAGUUCCCCCAGACAGGCUGGCUGCCCUUCUGACCCGAGAGAGUCUCAACCUGAGUGUGCCACAGGUCCUUGUCAACUGCUGCUGCGAGCCCCUUGCUCUUUGCCCGUCCUGGCAGAACCAACAGACGUCAGCCCUCCUGACCAGCCUGGGCACCCUGGCCCAGUUGCACGCUUCCCACUGCCUUGACGACCUCCCACUUUCUUCACUGAGCUCCCGCAAGCCAACCGAGACUCCCGCACUAGAAAGAAAGCCUCACGCAUCCCUGAGGGAUCCAUCACCCCCAGCCCUCACCUCCUCAGCCUUGGCCUUCCUUAAGUCCCGCUCAAAGCUCCUGGCCAUGAUGGCCUGCCUGGGGGCGUCCCCAAGGCUAAAGGUCCCCAAGCCUAGUUUGUCCUGGAAGGAACUCCGCGGCCGCAGAGAGGUGCCUCUGACCACAGAGCAGGUAGCCCGGGAGUGUGAGCGCCUUCUGGAACAGUGCCCCAUGCUUGAGGCCUCCCUCCUGGCUGCCUGGGAGCCCCUGCGAGGGUCCACUCAGCAGGGGCAGAGUCUGGCAGCCAGUCUCUGUGGUCAGGCCAGCCUUUCUACUGUCCUCCUGGGUCUACAUUCUCCGACUGCCCUGAAUGUGCUGACUGAGGCUUUCAAGGAAUCCCUCGUGGCCAAAAAUUGGUCCCGAGCCCUUCAAAUCACUGAAGUGUUCGGGCGGGAUGUGGACGAUCUGAGUAGCAUCAAGGAUGCAAUCCUGAGCUGCGCUGCGGCAUGUGACAAGGAAGGUUGGCAGUACCUGUUCCCUAUGAAGGAUGCAUCUCUGAGAAGUCGGCUGGCCCUACGAUUUGUGGAUAGGUGGCCCCUGGAGUCGUGUCUGGAGAUCCUGGCCUACUGCAUUUCAGACAUGGCCAUCCCAGAAGGCCUGCAGGGUGAGCUGCAGAGGAAGCUGGCAGAGCUGCAUGUAUACCAGAAGAUUCUGGGUUUGCAGGAUCCCCCAGUGUGGUGUGACUGGCAGACCCUGAGGAGCUGCUGUGUUGAGGAACCAUCAAUGGUCAUGAACCUGAUUCUAGAAGCACAGGAUUAUGGGCUGUGUGAGGAGUGGGGCUGCCUGUACCCUAUUCCAAGAGAACAUUUAAUCAGCCUACAUCAAAAACAUCUUCUCCAUCUUCUAGAAAGAAGAGACCAUGAAAAGGCUCUGCAGCUCCUGCAGAGAAUCCCCGACCCUACUAUGUGCCUUGAAGUCACAGAGCAGUCCCUUGACCAACAUGCUUGCUUGGCCACGUCUCACUUCUUGGCCAACUACCUCACCACCCGUUUCUAUGGACAACUGACUGCUGUCCGACACCGAGAAAUCCAGGCGCUGUAUGUGGGGUCCAAGGUUUUGCUCACCCUGCCUGAGCAGCACAGGGCCAGCUAUUCCCACUUGUCCUCUAACCCCCUGCUCAUGCUGGAGCAGCUGCUAAUGAACAUGAAGGUGGACUGGGCCACUGUGGCUGUGCAGACACUGCACCAGUUACUGGCUGGACAGGAGACUGGCUUCACCAUGAACGACGUGGACUCACUGCUCUCCAGAUAUGCAGGGAAAGCCCUGGACUUCCCAUACUCUCAGAGGGAGAAGCGAUCAGAUUCUGUGAUUCACCUCCAGGAAAUUGCCCACCAGUCUUCAGACCCCGAAACCCUCUCUAGAUCACCGUCAGCAGAGUUCUCACCUGCUACUACUCCUGGUGUCUCCAUUGUACAUUCCCCCAUUCCAAGAGAGAGUUUCCCACCGAGUCAGACCCCACUCGAAUUCGUGCCCCCAGCAACACCCCCUGCCAGGCACCAGUGGGUACCAGAUGAGACGGAGAGCAUCUGCAUGGUCUGCUGCAGGGAGCACUUCACCAUGUUUAACCGGCGCCAUCACUGUCGCCGCUGUGGCCGGCUGGUGUGCAGCUCCUGUUCCUCUAAGAAGAUGGUGGUGGAAGGUUGCAGAGAGAACCCUGCACGCGUGUGUGACCAGUGCUAUAGUUACUACAACAAAGAUGCACCGGAGGAGAAUCCAGGACAACCCAAAGCAUCAGACAACUGGCAGAGUGAAAGCCCUCCAUAUUCAUUUGUCGUGAGAGUCCCCAAAGCAGAUGAGGUGGAAUGGAUUUUGGAUCUGAAGGAGGAAGAAAAUGAGCUGGUGCGGAGUGAAUUUUACUAUGAGCAGGCCCCCAGCGCCUCCUUGUGCAUUGCCAUCCUGAACCUGCACCAGGACAGCGCCACCUGUGGUCACCAGCUGAUUGAGCACUGCUGCAGGCUGUCCAAGGGCCUCACCAACCCAGAGGUGGAUGCCAGGCUGCUCACUGACAUCAUGAGGCAGCUGCUCUUCAGUGCCAAGAUGAUGUUCGUCAAGUCUGGCCGGAGCCAGGACUUGGCUCUUUGUGACAGCUACAUCAGCAAGGUGGAUGUGCUGAACAUUCUAGUUGCUGCUGCCUAUCGCCACGUCCCAUCUCUGGAUCAGAUCCUGCAGCCAGCUGCGGUGACCAGGCUUAGGAAUCAGCUCCUGGAGGCUGAGUACUACCACCUGGGUGUUGAGGUCUCCACAAAGACUGGGCUUGAUUCCACUGGGGCGUGGCACGCUUGGGGCAUGGCCUGCCUCAAGGCUGGAAACCUCACCGCCGCACGGGAGAAGUUCGGCCGCUGUCUGAAGCCCCCGUUGGACCUCAAUCAGCUGAGCCAUGGCUCACGGCUAGUGCAGGAUGUGGUUGAGUACCUGGAGUCCACAGUGAGGCCCCUCAUGUCCUUGCAAGAUGACGACUACUUGGCCACCUUGAGGGAGCUGGAAGCUACCCUUCGAACCCAGAGUCUCUCCCUGGAGGUGAUUCCUGACGGGAAGAUCAUAAACAACACCUACUACCAAGAAUGCCUCUUCUACCUACACAGCUACAGCACCAACCUAGCCAUCAUCAGCUUCUACAUGAGGCACAGCUGCCUGCGGGAAGCCCUGCUUCACCUCCUCAACAAGGAGAGCCCUCCGGAAGUCUUCAUAGAAGGCAUUUUCCAGCCAAGUUAUCAAAGUGGGAAGCUGCACACUUUAGAAAACUUGCUAGAGUCCAUCGACCCAACCUUGGAGAGCUGGGGAAAGUACUUGAUUGCUGCCUGCCAGCAUUUACAGAAGAAGAACUACUACCACGUUCUGUACGAGCUGCAGCAGUUUAUGAAGGACCAAGUCCGGGCCGCCAUGACCUGUAUUCGGUUCUUCAGUCACAAAGCCAAGUCAUACACGGAACUGGGAGAGAAACUCUCCUGGCUGCUGAAGGCCAAGGACCACUUGAAGAUCUACCUCCAAGAAACGUCUCGCAGCUCUGGAAGGAAGAAAACCACCUUCUUCCGAAAGAAGAUGACUGCAGCUGAUGUGUCAAGGCACAUGAACACACUGCAGCUGCAAAUGGAAGUGACCAGGUUCUUACAUCGGUGCGAAAGUGCUGGGACCUCUCAAAUCACCACUUUGCCUCUGCCAACCUUGUUUGGAAACAACCACAUGAAAAUGGACGUUGCCUGCAAGGUCAUGCUGGGAGGUAAAAAUGUAGAAGAUGGCUUUGGAAUUGCAUUCCGUGUUCUGCAGGACUUCCAGCUGGAUGCUGCAGCGACCUACUGCAGAGCUGCCCGGCAGCUGGUGGAGAAGGAGAAAUACAGCGAGAUCCGACAGCUGCUCAAGUGUGUCAGUGAGUCAGGUGUGGCAGCCAAAAGUGAUGGGGACACCAUCCUCCUCAACUGCCUGGAGGCAUUCAAGAGAAUUCCACCCCAGGAACUGGAGAGCCUGAUCCAGGCAAUUCACAAUGAUGACAACAAGGUCCGGGCCUACCUGAUAUGUUGCAAGCUGCGUUCUGCCUACCUGAUCGCCGUGAAGCAAGAGCACUCUCGGGCCGCAAUGCUGGUCCAGCAGGUGCAGCAGGCUGCCAAGAGCAGCGGAGAUGCGGUCGUCCAAGACAUCUGUGCCCAGUGGCUUCUGACAAGCCACCCUCGGGGUGCCCAUGGUUCAGGCUCCAGGAAGUGAGACUGCACAGCGGGACCAGGAAAGAGUGGCCCAAGGACUGGGCAAUGGCAGUGACAGUGAUACUUUCCACCUGUCUCCUCCCGCAGAGCGGGAUUCUCUGGCUCUGCCCAAGGCUGGAAAGAGCUGGAUCAGACCUUUCUUUGCCUUCUCAGGCAAGGACAGGACCUCUCACACAAGUGCCAUGUUUCUGUAAAAUUCUGGAAUCUA